AUGGCGCGGGACCUUUUUUCCGAAUGGAUUCGCGCAUGGGAUGCCGAAUUGCAAAAGUCAGAUCGAAACAUUUGUCUUCUGGUGGACAAUUGUUCCACGCACCACGUCGUCAGCCAGUUGAAAAGGAUAACUGUCAAGUUUUUGCCGCCCAACACCACGGCAAGGUUGCAGCCUCUCGACCAAGGCAUCAUCAAAGCAUUCAAGGUCGGAUACAGGCGAUGUCUGGUGCAACGGCUCCUGAUAAACCUUCGGUUGGGGGUCGAACCGAAAAUCGACCUCCUUGGAGCGAUCCAGAUGAUGACUGGGGCAUGGAAUGAUGUGAAAAAAACCACAGUUGUAAACUGCUUUCGUAAAGCUGGCUUUCUAGCGUCACCUGACGACUUCGAAAGCGACACCACAGCAGACAACAACAUGGGGUGCCUCGAGAAUGACUUUCGCCAACUCUCGGCGUUUCCGGGUGCCAUCGCCGAUGGGGCCACUGCAAGCGAUUUCGUCAGCGCUGAUGACGACGUGCAAGCAGUUUCGGACCUCACCGAUGCUGAAAUCGUGGCCGACGUCGCUGGUACCGAUGAGGCGGACAUGAGCAGCGAUGAUGAUGCUGACGACGCGUCGAAGAAACCCUGCAACGCUGCAGAACUUGCGUCGGCAUUCAGCCUCAUUCGCCACUGUUGUGGCGCAAUGGAAGGCGAUGGACUUGGCUAUCUGGAGGGCCUCAGCAAUAUUGAGGAUGGCCUCAUGAAAUUCAUGGCUGACAAAAAGAAGCAAUCCAAGGUCACGGACUUUUUUCAUGCCAAAUAA